GUUAAGGUUAUUUAUUUAUCUGUGACUUGGGGGAACGAGGGACGGUAUUUCUACGGUACAUACACUGUACCUAGCAUGAUGUAUCAUAUUGAUGUACUACUAGCAUGUACCCGAUGUACAUAGUUGGCUCCACGUGGCAACAGCUGGCAGAUGCUUUUUCAAUCUGUACUACUAAUAAGGUACCAAAUUAUUUGACAUCUGGAACUUCCAAGUUCCCAAGUUCCGUUUUGCUACAUCAUGUCAUCAAGGUUUAGCCACUCGACGCUCCACCAGCGGGAUUCGCGCAGCGCCCUGUUCGAGGGAUACAAUGGCAGCGGCAGAAACAGCGCUGAUCCGGCGAGACGGCCGAGCCCGGCACCGGGUGGUUAUGGCUAUGGAUACUCGGGGGGCAGCAGCAACGGCUCGGGGCUAGGCGGUACCCAUCUAGGUGUGGAUAACAGAGCGAGCUACAGACCGGCAACACCGAAUUCGAGGGGCCAGUACAGCGACGCGGUGCUCAACGAGCUAGAAAGCCAGAAUGACCAGCACGUCGAGGGCAUCCUAGGCAAAGUCAAGGUUCUGAAAGAUGUGAGUUUUAUACUACUGCUGAUGCUGCGCAUGACGACGGCGAUCGGCGAAGAGAUCAGGGAGUCGUCGGCGCUGGCGGAGAAGAUGAACGACACCUUCGACUCGACCCGGUUACGGCUGCGCGGCACCAUGAACCGUAUGCUCCUCAUGGCCGAGCGCACCGGCGUCGGCUGGAAGGUCUGGCUCAUUUUCUUCGCUGCCGUCAUUUUCGUAUUCCUCUACGUCUGGCUCUUCUGAUCUACUUCCCUCCUCCUCCUACCUCCUCACACACGUCUCUCACUUCCUAUGUGAGGGACGAUGGAUAAAAUACCCCCCAACGAC